GGAUUUAUUCCACGUGAACCAAUAUUAGAUGGGCCAUUUUACGAAUCAAAGUAUGAUGUGCCAUAUCACACAACAGGAAUAAAUAUUCCUUCAGGUCAUUUGCCAAUGGAUAUUACAUCUGGAACAAUUUUACCACCUGCCAUAACCAUGCCGCCCAAAAGUGAAGAUGAGCGUUGUUUAUCAAGUGGUCGGGAAUAUAGACAUGGGGAACUCUUAGCACAAACAGAUCCAUGUUUACGAUGUAUUUGCUAUUAUGGAGAAGUUUUGUGCCAAGCCACCAAGUGCCCUACUUUGAAACCUGGAUGUAGGAGGCUCAGACACAAGGAUCGUCGAUCCUGCUGUGGACGCAUUGUUUGUGGUGACGGUGGAGAGUCGCCGACGGUGGUGCUGGACGGAGUGAGCGCGGGCGUCGGCGUGGGCGUGGGGGCGACGGGCUCACCGCUGCUGGGGCCUGUGGUGCCGCCCAUCACUGUGGCCGACGGCGUAGUCACGCCCGACCCCUUCCGCGACGUCAUCCGCACCGAGGAGGCGCCCGACCUGCCCGCGCUCAUCGGCGACAUCAUGCCUUACCUUCUGGAACAGCGCCGCACGGCCUCCACGACG